UGUGCCGUUGUUUUGGCUUUGAGGUUAGAACAUUUUUUGAGAAAAUCUUUUUGCAAAAAGUUGGAACUCUUUUCUUCAAAUUAAGGGAAAAGCGAGAAAUUGAUCGAGUUUGAUUCAGAGGAUCGACAAAGUUCGGCAAAGAUGUCCAAUUACAAGCCAAUCGAUAGCACGAAGGAGGACUUCCGGAAGUAUCUGAACCGGCAGGGUGUCCUCGAUGCCAUCACGAAGGUGCUCACGAAGUGCAACUCCAACCGCCCGGAGAACGCGAUCGAGUUCCUGGUGAACAAUUUGGGCGACCGCGUUAAGGAGGAAGAGACGAUUGCCAGGCUGACGAGCGCGCUGACCGACGCGCAAAAUGAAAUCGCGCGUCUUAAUAAGAUUAUUAACACGCUUAAGGGCAACCAGGAUGGCGACGAGAAGGAAGGUAGCGACACACCGGAGACCAUCACGAGCGAGGAGAAUCCCAGUCCGGAGAAAGUUCCCGCUACCAGCAACAGUGGUAGUCCGCCGGUAUCGUCCGGCUCUGAAGAGGCCGUGAAAGAAGAGCCGGCUAAGACAGCCACCGAGAAGGAAGCCGAGCCGGUGGUUCAAGUCAAGCAGGAGCAGCCGACAGAAACGGCUGCAACGACGACGACGACGGCGGUGGCCACCGAAACCAAACCGGCCGAUGAGAAGGCAUAAGGUUGAAGGGCUCGGUUGUUAUAAUUUAGAUUUAGCAGGCAACACACAACUUACGAGAUCGGAGAAUGGGAAGCUAUCGGUCGAGUGCAUUAAUCAGUAACACAUGAAUCGACUUUAUAGAAGUAACGGAGGCUAGACUGUAGGCAACACAUUCGUCCAAGCGUUUAUCAACUCGAUGUUGAAGAGAUUUCCUUGCUUUACCACCGCCAUAACCAUACAGUAAUGAGGUAAAAGUACAAUGAGCCCGAUCGUGUCCCGAGGCAAAGGCGUAUUUAUCAUAGCAGCAUUCCUGGCACAUUUCUGUCCCUAUCGUCCAUCGAUCGAGUAGCUGCGGCGGGACAGUGGUAGAACAUUCCGAGCUAUGAAAUGCGCGCACGAACCAAUGAUCUCGGCAGUGAAUAAACGGGGGAAACGAAACGAGG